CUUUAUGGUUUUUAUGCUUCAAAUAGCAGUGGAUGGUAUGUUAGUGAAGUAAAUCAUGGUUUAUGGUGUCUAUUCUUGAACUUAUUGACUUGAGAAUUGAAACUUAUGUUCAUAGUUUGAACAAGUUUUCCUGAGUUUUGUCUCGAGGCUAGUUUCUCCAAGAAUGCCUUAAGGCUUCCUAGCAAGGCUACACAUUGAGGCACGCUAUGAAUCUAUGGUUUGACCUGUGUGGUAGAAUAAGUGCGGUAUGACCACGGGUAGAAAUUGACAUGAUUCUCUGUUUCGUAUGCAUUCAUGCAUCUCUGCUAAUGUGUAUGGUACAUUCUCAUGUUUGUUUAAAUUGUACCAAGUGGAAAGAUAGAGUUAAAUGAUAAAAUAUAUUCUUUUCUUAGUCUUUCAGUUCAAGGACUGUCUGUAUGAAUAUGCUUUUCAUGAGUAUUGAGCUGAAGUCUUCUAAUGGAGAAGUUGAAACUAUAAGAUUUAUUUAUUCAUCAAAUUAGAAGUAAGCAUAGCAGGCCCGCAAGCUUCUUUCCCCCACACCCCCCCUUUUUUUCCCACCCACUGACUCAGGAGGGGCGAUAUUGGUUGGUGCAUUUGUCUGACCUACCUCAUGAGCAAAGAGCUGGUUCUUGGAUUUCAAUGUUGCAUGGGCAUAGUCAUGAGAAUUGGAUUUGAACUUCUGUCCAAGGAAGAAAAAAGAGAUAUAGGAGUAUGUUGAAAAAGAUAAAUUUAAUUAAAAAAUAUUUUUAAUAUUCAGGUCUCUUUGACUAAUCUCUAAGAAGAAUAGAAGCUACAUUUUUUUUUUUAAAAAAGUAUCCAAGUAUCUGAUGUUUAAUUGAUUCUGACAUGCAUUUGACAUGGAUUCUAGGAGUUGGACGUGAGUGUCCAGAUAGCAUCAGCAAACCCCAGUUUUCCUUUAGCUUGGUCUGAGUUGAGUGCGUGCAUGGUGCCAUUCAUUUUUAUCCAGUUGCUUGUUUACUGGUGAGACAUUAGUCUUUAAACAAAAAGUCCUAAGUGUACCCCUGAAAAAAGGAAAAGGUCCAAAGGCUGAUUGUUUAAUGUGGAGGCAUUCACCGAAGCGCAUCAUCCAGGAGAGUGGUUUGGAUGAGGUCCAUUUAUGUCAAAUUCCCUGCUGGAGGUCUCAAAAGUCACUGAGUAAAUUUGUAAUGCAUCUAUUUUCCUAAUUGUUAUCUACUCUCUACUGGUCUCCCUGUUGCCAAUUUCUUUUUAUUUUUUGCUUUUUACUUUCAUUUGGGAAGAUAUUUGUGAUAAUUAAGUCAGGAUGGUCAGGUGGUUCAGAGGCGAGCCCUUAUUUCCCAAGUGAAAAUCCAGUUGAUGCAUGCCAGGAGGAGGAUGGACUUUGGUGAUGCUCCUGACUUACAGUUGAGAUAUUGUGCAGUGCAUGUUGCAGAAACCUUCAUCUAAUUAAUAGUGGAGAUGCCAGUUUGAAUGAGACGCUGGCUGUUUGGACUCGAGGAUCCCAAAUGUUCAAGGAUCUUGGCUUCUCCUACUGGGCGGUUGAUGCUAGCAGAUGCAGGAGGUUGCUGGUGAACGUGGUGGCUACCUUCAUGGACGAGGCGGUACAUGCUUUUCUUCCACAUAACAAGGGUACAUGGUUACCUAAGUUUGUUAACUUUGAUUUGCUUUCAUGUUUAGCUUUGGACAGUGAUGACUUGCUCUAUUUGAAAGAACAAAUGGAAGCUGAGGAGGAUGCUGAGCGUCUUCUUCGACGCACAGAGAAACGGGCAUUUGCUGCAUUUAAAAAAGCUGCAAGUUUAGCAGAUUCCACACCUGCCUCGUUGCCCUUGCCUCUCCGCGUUGAACCCAAGCCAAAGAGUGGGAUUAGGCAGCAAGAUCUCUUAAAGAAUAUUAUUGAAAUCAAACCAAAGCGUCCGAGAGCAUCAAGCCCUUCAGGUCCGACUCUGGGUGACAGAUCAAGCCCAUUUUUGGCUACAAGAGUUUCAUUGCCCAGGGAUGACGAACAGAUUUUAGAGAAAUGCCCGUCUCCUGCAAAAGGACCAACUGAAAAUAAAUCCUUAUCUUUGGCUGAUCAAGUUUCUACACAAUGGGAUACCGAAAAUCCACAGGGAGAAGAUUCAUCCUCAUGGAAGUCUAAUGGCAAAGAGACAGGUGCCAAACCAGAUAAUGCUGUCGGAAGCUUAUUAGGCUUAGCUUAUGACAGCUCUGAUGAGGAAUGAUUGUGACCAUGAUAGUAGUGUAUUUCUGGACUCCUCCCCCCCUUCCUUUCCCUACCCUGUUGGCUUUCACUUCCCCGCUAAAACUUUGGCUUUAAAAUCAUGCCAUUUUCUAUAGAGCUAGCAAUAUGCCGGUACAUGCUACUGCACAUUUUUCCAGGUAAUUGUCAGUUCUCAUCUAGUUCUUUAUCAUGGUAAGUCUGAAGUUGAUUAGAAUUUGGAGCAUCUACCGCAUGUAGCAUUGUCAUACUUGUUGUCAGAGUAGGCCAGGCCUGCUCUAGGUUGGCGAGGUUCAGGGUCAGGGGCUGUUUGAAUCUCCACUACCUGGCUGCAGGUCGAGCUGCAAGUGUGGCCUAGCCUGGACGUUUAGAGGCCUACAGCUUGACCUGAAAUAGUGUGGCCAUUAUGUGGCUCACCAACUUUGGGUAACUGACGUCCGAACAAAAUUAUUGUUGCAGUAAUCAGCAUCUAUGGAAUGACUUGCUCCUGUGGUCCAUACUAUUACCCUGCAGGAACCGCUGCAGCAUACAAGCUAUGGUUACCAUGCAAAAUUGGAUAUUUUAUGUCAUAAACAUAAAAAAUGGAAAAAGUGAUCGUCCGUUUGCAUGCCUGCGUGGCAGUUCACAAAGCAUGGGUUCAUUUGACUCUAUCCAAACUGCUUUUACGUGGAAUGAAACUGCGGACCUCGUGGCUCGGGAUCAACACUGUAAACCAUUUUUGCAUGGACUGAGAUCUGCAGUACAUAGGUACAGCAUCAUUCAAAGCAAUCUGGGUUAUCGGUGACUAUGUCGAAAGGACAAAAUGAUGAAUGAGUCUGUAUACUAAUAAUUUAAUUGGAAAUGCUGCUGAUCAAUCUGUCCAUGAAUCUUCCACCCGGUGCUAAAAGUUGACUUCGAAGAGACUGUGGAUGCUGGAAUUGCCAGCAGAAAUUUAGCCAUCGAUGCCAAUGUUGGAUGGUGUUGUAUUUUUCCACCACCUCGAGAGAUCAAACGCCUCAUCUUCCAUUUCAGGAAGAAGAUCAUCCUCUAAAUAGGUAUCCAAUGUGAUUUUCUUGAAUGCUUCCGACCACUCUACGACCAGAGCAAAGUCCACGCCAACCUUCCUAUUA